AUGGACUCUAGGUUAGCCUCUCUCGGUCUCGGGCUGGCAGGCUGGCAGUUCCGGGUCGCUUGGGUCCUGCCGCUGGCAAAGUGGUCUGGUGACUUCGCAUCAGGCUCCGAGCGUCAGUUCAUUUGUCGCCUCCGACCCCUGCCGCGCCCACACUCCACCGGCCCUCGCUCCGUCGCCGCCCUUGUGCGAGCAUCGAUGAACGACAGGUCCAUCGGGCUUGUCCUCUGCGCCGCCGCUACCGUCGCGUUCGCCUACUACACCGUCUGGGCGCUCGUCACCCCGUUCAUCGACGCCGGCCACCCGGUUCUCGAGUGGUUCCCCGAUCGGCGGUACGCGGUGUUGCUGCCCGCGGCGCUCGGGGCGCUGCUCGUCGCGUGCGUGUGCGUGUUCCUGGGUACUGUGAUGGCUGUGCACCUCGUUAACCACGGACCCAAGUCCAAGAUCGCGUAG